ACAUGCACAGAGACACAAAAUCACCCAUCCCACAAAUACAGCAUGGAGAUGCACAGAGGCAGUCACCACAUGCAGAUACACAGACAGACACACAGACAGACACCCUUCCCCUAGAUGCUCAGACACCCACUCCUGCUCUCUCUGUAGCUCUAGCCACCAACGUGGGGCGAGAGUGCUGCCUGGACUACUUCAAGGGAGCCAUUCCCAUCAGAAAGCUGGUGAGCUGGUACAGAACCUCAGACGAGUGUCCCAAGGACGCUAUCGUGUUUGAGACUGUCCAGAACAGGCGCAUCUGUUCGAACCCUGAGGACAGGCACGUGAAGAAGGCAGUUCGACACUUGCAGAGCCGCAAGAAGUCACAGAGAGCCACUGCCCAGGACUGAUGGACUCUUUGGACCAUUCAGAGUCUUCCAGCAUCAGUGUUCAGGCCCCCAGCCCUGAGCUGCCUGAGGAGUCACAGGGAGGGGGAGGGUCACCUUCUGAACAGAAGCAAGGGACCCAGAGAUCCCAGAAUAAAGUCUUUCCUCAUCCA